CGACUGAGCGACCCACCCUUCUCGGGAAGACUCGUGCUCCUCUGACACACUUCAGGGACCAACCUGCCCACAUCCACACAUGCGCACCUGGCGCCUACCCACAACUCUCCACCUCCUCACGUCCCCCGCUCUCAUUGUCUCGGGCAGGUCGUGCGCUUCGGCGUGACGUCACGGCGCGCCGGCUCCUUCUUUGUUUACCUCUCCCACCCGCUGAUUCUUCGCCGGCUCCCGAGAAGGGGCGGACUUGUGUUGGCGGACAGCGAGUCCGCGAGCUGCCUCCUGAUUGGCCAGGGGAGCCUAUAUUUGGGGGUGUAGGAAGAGGGCCUGCAACUGCUGGGCGGAGGGAGACCCUUUUUUUUCGCAGAGCGAGGCCGGGGCUGCCGCUUCGCGUUGGCCGUUGGAGCCUGGCUGACUGCCGUUUAUGACCGGGCGUCGGUUGGGGAAGCCUUCGGUUCGUCGCCGGCGAGAGGGAGGCGAGGGAAGGGGAAGGGAGCAUGGCGGCCUCGGCGUCGGAGAAGAGCAACAAGAAGAAGACGGAGAAGAAACUCGCCGCCCGGGAAGAAGCCAAAUUGCUGGCCAGCUUCAUGGGGGUCAUGAACACCAUGAGGAAGCAAGUAAGGCGGGGUGUGGGGUGACCGGCCUCCUAGGGCUCUUUGACCUCUGGGGUCCAAUAGGAACAUGUUUCUCUCUCCCCCCCCCCCCAUGGUGUUGACCACGAGCCUGGCACCCGGGCAUUUGUGAGCCCGGAGGAGUUGUAGGAGAAGAAACCCAGGGCAGGGGGGACACAGCUAACACAAAGUGCUUGGCAUUGUUUUGUUGCUGUUUGCAACAGUCCUGUAAAGUAGGCCAGUCAGGACUCCCAUAUUGCAGAGGUGGAGGAAGGCUGACGAGGCUCACAGAUGACGCCUUGCCUAAGAAUCAGAAUUGUAGAGUUGGAAGGGACCCCAAGGAUCAUCUACUCCCACCCCCUGCAAUGCUGGAAUCUCAGCUAAGCGUCUGUGACAGAUGGGCAUCCAACCUCUUACUGUCAGGAAAGUUUUUCUGUGUGUUUAGAAGGAAUCUCCUUUCUUGUAACUUGACUACCUCAUGAGUUCCUGUUAGAGGCGAGAUUUGAGAGCAGCAUCGGGAUUUGUAGUGCAGUCCCUUUUAUUUGGGCACUACCAUGCUGCAAUGGAUCUCUGGUACACAGAGCAGUUGAUGUGAAGCCAAGACCACCCGGUUGCAUUCUUUGCUCAUUUAUCUGGUGUAACUCUUUGUUGUUCCACCCACAAGGAUGCACUGGGGGAAAAUGAGAAUAUUCCCAACUUCUGUUACCCUGGCAAAUGUGUAAACUUAAUUCAGAUUCAUCUUCCUUUAUCUCUAGCAUAUGUCACCCAAGUGGAUAGGACAGGCGUACCGGCCCUCCAGAUGUUUUGGGACUAUAGCUCCCAUCAUCCCUAGCUAACAGGACCAGUGGUCAGGGAUGAUGGGAGUUGUAGUCCCAAAACAUCUGGAGGGCCUAGUUUGCCUGUGCCUGGCAUAGGAGUUAAUAGCUAUCUUUUUGUGCAGGAAAGCUAUUACCAGAACAACUGUUAACAGGCUGUAGGGGUUAGAGCGUUACAAAUGUUGGCAAGCUGUAGCGGAAAUAGUGGUUGGAGGUAACACCUUCACCAUCAGCCCCCUUCCAGAAGGUACAAGUUAGUCGUGUGCUGAGUGAAGAUGACUAGUGUAUGACUAUGAAACUGGGGUGAAAACUGCUAGUUCAAUCGUGUACUUAACAGAUGUGUUUGGGUAGUACCAGUCUACUGAUCUAUGAGGCUUAAUAUUUGCCUUGCUAAUCUGUGGCUUGUAUUCACCUUUUGCUCAGAGUAGACCUAUUACAAUUAAUCCUAAGUAAUGGACAUUAAUUUCAAUGAGUCUACACUGAGUUGAAUGCAACCAAUUUUCUUCAUAAUCUGCUUUAGUGGUGAUUUGUAUUGUCAUUACUUGCUAGAACUGCCACUGUACCAAUUUUAAGAUCUAUUACAUAUUUUAGCUCAGUAACAGCUUUGCUCUUGUUCAGUUGCCUUGAGGUGCUUAUCUAUAUUUCAAGUUAAAAAUGCUACACAUAUUGGCUAAUAUUCUAGCAAAUAAACACUUAAAUGGUAGUCUUUCUCCCAAAUAGUUGGAGGUCUAAAUGGAGACAACUGGAAAAUAUUAAGUUUCCUUCAUUGUCAUUUCCACAACAGAGAAAAAUAAUUGUCAAUGUCUUUCUUUUUCUACCUUUAGAAAUUAGUUCAGCAGCUUUUAAAUGACAGAAUAAUGAGAGCAUCCAUUAAAGUAUACGCAGAGAGUACUUUUUAGGAACCUGGUCUCAUUUAAAAGCUACUUAACUAACACAUUAGUCACUCUGCUAUUUUGGUCUAUUGUGGAAAUGACAAUAAAGAAGCAAAUGUUCAAGUUGUUUCUAUUUAGACCUCCCAUAAGCAUUUGGGACAAUGAGUGCUAUUUUAAGUAUGUGUUGCUGGCUACAGUAUUAAGCCUGCAAUCUUCUACAUGCUUACCUGGAAGUAAGCCCUAUUAAACUAACUAAGAAUUAUUUCUGAGUAGAUAGGCAUAGCUUUACAAUGUAGGGUUUGCCAAACUGUAUGCAAAAAUCUCACAUACUUGGAGCUGAAGAGCAGCAAAAUUGUAAUUGUUCAUAUUGUAAAUGUAAUUCAGUUAUAAGACCAGAGUUUGAAUUCCUGCCGCUAUGAAGCUCAAUGGAUGAACUUGGGCCAGUCAUUGCCUCUCAGCCUAACCUACUUCACAGGGUUGUUAUGAGGAUUAAAUGAGGAUAAGAAGAAGCACAUACAUUGCCUUGAGCUCCUUUGAAAAAUGGUGAUUUUGUCUUCAAUAGUGUUUGUUGUACAUUUCUGUAGGUCACUAGUUUAGCAAAAAAAUAAGACUUUCUACACAUUUCUCUGAAAUUAUGAAAUAUUACAUGUUUUGUCAUCAUUUUGACUUUUUUGUGCUAGAAAACACUCUGUGAUGUCAUUCUCAUGGUCCAGGAAAGGAAGAUCCCAGCUCAUCGUGUUGUACUUGCUUCAGCAAGUCACUUCUUUAACUUGAUGUUUACCAGUAAGUCUUCAGCUACUCAACUUCUACUGGUUUAAAUCAUCAUCAUCAUCUACUGACCAGCAGUGUUCAAAAUUAGCCAGGAGCAUUUUGCUACUGGCACAGGUUCAGUUGCGACUAUGUGGAGAUUUCUGGGCUCCAGGUUGGCGACCGCAAUUAAAAAACCUCUGCCUUAGUCCAUAAUUAAUACAAUUUCCACUGUGUGUGUUUCUCUUUCUUGCAUACUGGGACAAGUGGAUUGUUGUAAGAGCAAGCUACAGCCAAGCAGUUAGUUGAAAUUAUAGAAUUGUAGUGUUGGAAGGGACCUCGAGGGUCAUUUAGUCCAACCCCCUGGCAGAUAAGACAUUCCAUCCUGGUAACGGCAACCUGCAGUAGACUCAAGGUACCAUUUGGCAACAAGCUUAUGUACUGAGUUGAUAACAUUGCGGUCCUGCAAAGAAAGGGAGAUUUGGUUUAAUAACAUAUAAGUAGAAACUCUUGAAUCUUGUCCAGUUAUCUUUACAGUGAUAUUUCUUCCUUGUCUUUCAUCUCUGUUGCUGGACCAACUGUCAGCCUAAGUGCAGUUUAGUAGCACCAUGCAGGAGAACAACUUUAAGCCAAACCAUGGCUUAGCAUGAAUAUACUGUCUCCCAAGAAGACGAUUGCAACCACUUUGCUUCUUCCUAGGCUUUUUAGGUUGGUACAGCAGCUAAGCCAAACCAAGAUUUGGCUUAGUGUGUCAUCCAACCAAUGGAUCAUAGUUCAGGUCUCUCCUCAAUCAUGACUUGUAGCCAAAGGACAAGCUUUGGCCACAGAUGAUGCUUGAGGACAGGUGUUAACAACAGCCCCAGAUUCAGACAACACACUUAGCAAAAACAUUGCUUAACUGCCACCGCACUGACCUAAAAUGUCUAGGGAGGAGUAAAGCAUCCGUGGUCUCGGUGGGAGCCAGUAUGUAUGUGUGGUCACAGUAAGCCACACACUGACUUACCAUGUCUUACAUGUGAACCAGUGAAGCCACUGAUUUUCCACUUGUCUUCCUAAAACUCUCUCUCACAUGCAGUCAGUAUAUAAUAAGACUUGCCAAAAAUACACCUGUUUCAGAGAGACUGGCAUAUUUGCAACCUCCAAGCUUAAUAUUUAAAUGUCUUUAAAAAUGGGCUCUAGAGGAAAAGAAGGUGUCCUCUUUUUAUCUAACUUUAGGUGCAGAUGUUUCUAAGGUCAGAACUCAUUCAUACCACACUAAUUCAUCUUUUCUAAUUAAAUGUUUUGGAGAAUUUUCCUGUAGAGGUAGAGUUCUGCAGCUUUGUCUGCAAUUUGAGAAUACCAUGGUACUAACUUACGUGCAGUGCACUGAAGUGUGACUAGGAUUAGUCUGUUUUUUCUUUUUUAAUUUUUACAUCAAGGAUAGGGAAACCUGUAGUCCUCCAGAUAUUCUUGGACUGUCUCCCAUCAGCCUCAGCUGGCACAGCCAAUAGUGAGGGAUGAUGGGAGUUGUCCAACAGGAAGGCCACAGGUUCCCAUUCCUACCUUGUGCUGGGUUGAAAUGUAUGUAAGACUGGGAUGUAGUUUUGUGAGACCAGAAGUUCUUGAUACACCUAUUCUUAGUGUACUUGUUUUUCUGUAAAUAAGAUUUCUAUAAGUAAUACGGAAUUAGGAAAACAGUUGUUAAUACAUUUAAAUCUAGAUACCAGCUUGGUCAAUUCUAGGUUCUGUUGCUCAUUUUGUAACUGAUCUCUGCGAUUGUCUUGAAGUUCGCUUAACAACUUCCAUUGCAACUGUCCCGUCCCCCCCCCUUAAAUUAGAGCAGCAGGUCCUUUGAGAUGUGGGUGCAGGGAUGGAAUUGUUGUUCAGGUUAGAUGAUGGUGUUAUGUAUCUAAUUGCAGCAAAUAUGAUUGAAUCAAAGUCUUAUGAAGUGGAGUUAAAAGAUGCAGAGCCAGAUAUUAUUGAGCAGCUUGUGGAGUUUGCUUAUACUGCAAGGUAGGUUUAUUUAUAACUCUUAAUAUCUGCCCAUCAGAUAGCUUCAUGUGAAGCCCAGAAAAGCUGUUAAGUGAAUUAAUGCUAUUUUAAUUAUUUGUUCAACAGGUAGUACUGUAUCUGCCUGUAACAUACUGUGUUGCUGUUCUAGUGGUUGAAAAUCCUAAUUUAAUCUAGCUAUGUGUGUUGUCAUGUUCCCAGUUCUUGUUGAAAAUGUUUUGGUCAUAGUAAUGUUGCUACUUUUUUCAGAAUUUCCGUAAACAGCAACAAUGUCCAGUCAUUGUUAGAUGCUGCAAAUCAAUAUCAAAUUGAACCUGUGAAAAAAAUGUGUGUGGACUUCUUAAAAGAGCAAGUUGAUGCUUCAAAUUGUCUUGGUAAGAUGGCACUCUCUAUAUUGUUUCUAAGAACUCUUGAUAUAUUUCAAAAUUGGCACUUUGGGUCCUUGAUUAUUUCAUUUUUAGGACAGUCUUGCUAAUGAUACAUUUCAUGUAUUCUACUGGAAAACAAGUUUUAUGAUUUGAAAAUGUAUUUGUCAUGUGUAUAGUACUGCUACAGUGCCUGCCACCUCUGAUUAGCUUUCAGAUAAGCCAGACUGAACUAUUGUCUUCUAUAGAAUGUGACUACUGUUAAAGUCUUUCUUCCAAGUUGCUAACAUGACAUCAUUGUCUCUCUAGUACUUAGAGCAUGACAAAUUCAUAGAUUUCAUCAAUUAUGUUACUUCUCAAGAUAACUAUUUGGGUCAUCAUUUUUGCCACUGAAGAGAAAAAACUUAUAUUAAAUUAUUAAUAACAUGGUAUUUCACAUAAAAAAGAAAUGGGCAGCAUUCUGCUCUGUCAACAGAAACUCUGCGCAAGGGGGCUUCCCCCCUCUACUUCUCCCACGCCUGCCCAGAAACUGGCUGGAGGGAAUUGGGAUAACCCCCAGAACAGCAAAAGGGUGGGGGCAAGAGUGAGUGUUCCAUCUAUCAAGCUGCAAUGCUUGUGCAGAUGUAACAUUCGUAAGAGCACAAAGUUUAAUUCCAACCAAUAUGCUUUUUCAUGAAUUUUAAACAUCUUUUCAUAAUCUUUUACUAUCUUGCACUAGGUAUAAGUGUGUUAGCAGAGUGUCUUGACUGCCCAGAGCUCAAGGCUACUGCAGAUGACUUUAUCCACCAGCAUUUCACAGAGGUUUACAAGACAGAUGAGUUUCUGCAGCUAGAUGUUAAACGUGUAACACAUCUCCUGAAUCAAGACACGCUAACUGUAAGAGCAGAAGAUCAGGUGAGGGUCCAGUUUCAUAGCUAUUUUAGUCUUGCAUCUGAAAUAAGGCUUUUUUUUAGCUAUCUUGCUGUAAAUAUGCAAUCUGUGUGGAAACAUUUCCUGUAAAAAGUGGAAUGCAAAUAAUUGCUGGCAGAACUUUUAGUACCUGUAUGAGUUUCCAACCAGAUUCUCCAGCUUUUCAGGUCUCAUCUCCCCAUGAAGUCCAAUGACUUAAUGGAGCAGCCUUCAAAGUGGCAUGGGGAGUUGUAAUGUGAAAAACAGAAGGGCCUCAAAUAUAGGAGUGCUUAACUGCAUAAAAACUAAAUGAUCAGUAUUUGAUUAAUUUUUGGCAGGAAAAAAGGCUGGAACAUCAGGUGCUUGAAGUAGGAGUCACUAUAGUAUCCUAUAUUUUUUAUGAGAAAUGCGGUUUAAAAAGUGUCCUCAAGGAAAGAUUUGUUCCAAAACAGAUUGAGACUUUCUGGCAUCUGGUAUUUUUUCCUCCUUUUUGCUAUUUGUGGUGUUUUCUCAGUUUUGUAGUUGGUUUUCUGUCUCGUUCUUGUAUAUCAUGGUGUAAUGUUUGACAGUUGAAGUGACUCUUUCUAAAAACAUUGAGAGUAGUUACUAUGAAGGACCAAAAGGUAUUAGCAUAGCUACUACUAUAUCUGGGAUUUUUCCACAUUAUCUAAUUGCUUCAAGAAAGUGUAAACUUUCACUGAAACAAAGUUAGAUCCUUUCAGUGUGAUGGAUUCCAUUUAGUGUGGGGGGACAUAAAAAUUGUUUCAGUGGCUGAAAUAUGUUAGAAGUAAAAUUUUAUUUUCCAGGUAAGUGGCAGCCCUGUGAGUUAUUUCACUCCAAUUUACACAUGCAUGUUCACUUUGUAAUAAUUAUCAUAAAAUAACUUGGUCUGUCUUAGUUCAGCUGUUGCUUGUAGUUUCACAACUCUGAAUAGUCAUGGCUCUGAAUUUUUUUAUCUCAGGAGAUCAGAAGCAGCUUUUAAAUUUGGGAUUUCUUCUUAGCCAUUCCUGAAUGAGGGACUUAAACCCAUCUAACUGGCAAUAUAAGGUAUAGCAAGUAAUUAUUUUUAAAAGCCCUUUGAAGAUCCUAAAUUAGACUUCCUUUUUGUAACAGCUGAGCUAUCAAUUUCCUGGUUCUAUAGAUGGCUGCUACUGUAAGUACACAGAUGUAUUUUUCUUUCUUAUUUCUAGGUUUAUGAUGCUGCCGUCAGGUGGCUGAAGUAUGACGAGCCAAACCGUCAGCCUUACAUGGUUGACAUUCUUGCUAAAGUCAGGUUUCCUUUAAUUUCAAAGAAUUUCCUCAGUAAAACAGUACAAGCUGAGCCACUUAUCCAGGACAACCCUGAGUGCCUCAAAAUGGUUAUCAGUAAGUUUAUCUUCCAUGUUGUCUCAACUCUCUGUAAAGUUUUUCUUUAAGAACUGCUUAUUCCAUUUAAAUGCAUUUUAACAUGUAAAUACAAAAGAAAGGUAGGAUUAACCCUGUUCUCUCUGUGCCAGGAAGCUGAAUCAAAGCUGACUAGUAGCCCUUAAUAUCUGCAUUCUAUUUCCUGCAGUUAGAACUAUGUCUAAUAAAUUGCAGACUAUGUGAGCUUCAUGGUCCAGAGUCUCCCAACUUCAAAAAUCUCAUUUGUGUGUCACAGCCUUGAACAGUGGAUACCAAAAUAAGGAAACACCUUGUUAUAGGACAGCUUCAAGCAAUUAUGGGUCACUUCAGAGUUUCAUAAAAUUAUAAGAGCCUGCUGGAUCAGACCAGUUGCCCAUCUAGUCAAGCAUCCUGUUCUCACAGUGGCCAACCAGAUGCCUAUGGGAAGCCUAACAGCAGGAGCUGAGCACAAGAGCAGUGUCCCCUCCUGCAGUUUCCAGCAACUAGUAGCAUACUGCCUCCAAUUGUGGAGGCAGAGCAUAGCCUUUGUGGUUAGUGAUAGCCUUAUCCUCCAUAAAUAACCAUGGUUUAAAGCCAUCCAAAUUGGUCACCAUCACUGCCUCCUGUGGGAGUGAAGUCCAUAGCAUAACAGUGUACUGUGUAAAGAACUACUACUGUCUGUCCUGAAUCCUCAGUAUUUAGCUUCAUUGGUUGUCCAUGAGUUUGUGUUAUGAGAUGGGGGGGGGGACUUAUUUGUAUCCACUUUCCCCAUACCAUGGUUCAUCUUAUACACUUUUAUGUCACCUCUUACUUGCUUUCUCUCUAAACUAGAGGCCCCAAUGCUGCAACCUCUCCUCCCAGGGGAGUUGCUCUAUCCCCUUGAUCAUGGUUGCCCUUUUCUGAGUGCAAUUGCACCAUUGAUUUGUAUAACAGUAGUUCUGCUGGUGCGGUAGUUUUCCUGGUGCUUGUCGAGUGAUACUCUGGGCUCCAAGCACCCAUUGAAGCAGGCAGCCCAGCUUGCAUGUUGAGCACACUGCUUUAUGGAAGUGCAUCGUGAGCAACGUACAAUCACCAGAAGCCUUCCACAUUUGCUAUAUCAGAAAGAUUUUGGGCAUCACAAGACAGGACAGAAUCUCAAAAAAGGAUGUGCUCUCCCAAGCCUACAUUCCCUGCACUCCUGUCUCAAAGUCUUCAGUGGCUUGGUCAUGUCCACAGAAUGGAAGAUGGCAGGAUCCAUGCCAUCGUGCUCUACAGGGAGCUGGCUUCAGACACCAGGCCCAUUGGCAGACCAACUCUGUGUUACAAGAAUGACAUGAAUGAUGGCAAUAUCAAUCCCACAGCGUGGAAAUCCCUUGGAGAUGACCGAGUACCUAGAGACAGUCACGUCAGCACAACCAGUCAGCAACAAAACAUGUCUCUCCUGCAUCAGUCUCUUACAGCCACAGCAGACAUCGUAUCUCUCCAAUGGUUUGACUUCACCCCUAAGGGCACACUCCUCCAUUGUCUCCUGAGAUAGAUGCCAACAACUACGGUGAACAUAGUCCUCCAGUGUUUAAAGGGCUUCACCUAUUUUUCAGUUUGCUUUUGAGCGUAAUUGAAUUCUUUUGUUUGCCCUUUAAACCCUAAAUGGUCUGGGACCAGGGAAUCUGGAGGACUGCAUCUUCCCCAUUAUAUCAAUUUAGAUUUCCCAAGAUCUGACUCCAGUUUUCCCCACCACUUAAUAAUAGUAGAAGGCCUUCUCUGUGUUGGCACCUUGGUUGUAGAAUUCCCUCGGCUACAAGUUCAAGUUUGUUUGUCUUUGUGCCCUUGUGCACUUUUUGUUGCAGCUGGAGUGAAGAUGAAGAAAGUGCUCUAGGAUUUUUCUGUGAUCCGCAUGUCCUAUUUGGAUGAGUGGGGGGAUGGCAGCAAUGAUCCUGGGAAUCCUGUACAAAGACAAGUAUAAUCAGCAUCUUCCUUCCCCCUUUCCUUCUGUUGAUUACUGCAGCCAUGGGUUGGUGGCUAGCCAGCAUCCAUCCACCUUUCACCUAACCCCAGGAAAACACCCCCACCAAAUCAUCCCACCCUCCUCUUCGCUAAAGUAACUUAUUUCAAUAAACUGGGCCUCACUUUAAGAUGCAAAAUAGAAGAUACCAGAGUAUUCAUUACCAAAGGCCACCUUAAUACCUGAAAAAAAUAGUUAUUGGAAGGAUCAUUAUGCCUUUAAAACCAGCUCGUAUGUUUCAGAUUUCUUAGGCUUCAGAUAUAAUUGGUAAGAACAUUAAUAUCUAUACAAAAAUAGCCUGAGUAAUGACAUUUCUCUCAGCUGUUGAAGAACAGUAAACCUACGCACCACCAUCUGUGUCUUCAAUGCAGAUCCGGGCUGCUUCUCAAGUAUAUGCUAAGUAAAAACAAAGAAAAAGAAGGAAAGAUUGGAUAAAACCUUUAAGCUGUGUUCUUGUUUAGGUGUAGUGAGAAAUAUUUUAUAGAUACUAAGCUUUGAUUAUUUAAAACAUAUUGGAUGUUGAUGUUUCUUCCCAGUGUAUUUGAUGACAUACUCAGUGGCAUAAUAUUCCGAGAGGUUUAUUCCAUGGUAAUCAGUUUGUCUCACUGUACAGUUACUUUAUACAUAUCAGUGAAUAUAGAAACAUGUUUUAAAGACACUUCAUCAUUUUUUUGUGGCAGCCUUUCUGUAUUUCAGAGGUUGCAUGUGAUUUUUGAAAAAUGGUUAAAAACGGACUUUUAUUUUUCCCCUCCUCUUUAAUUUUUGUCUAUCCUUGCUUUGAAAACAGAGAUUUCUCUUAGAAUUACAUAGAAUCAUUGUGUAUACCUUCUGGUUUAGGUGGCAUGAGAUACCAUCUGCUUUCUCCAGAGGACAGAGAAGAGUUGGUGGAUGGCACUCGCCCGCGAAGAAAAAAGCACGAUUACCGCAUUGCCUUGUUUGGUGGCUCACAACCGCAGUCAUGUCGGUAUUUUAAUCCAAAGGUAGCUCUGAUCUUUCAGAAUUUCAACAGAUAGUGUGUAGCCGAAAAAUUCAUCAUCUCUUUCAUUAUAUAACCAGUUUCAUCACUACAGAUAUAGAUAUGAGAAUAGAUAUAAAAUUAGUUUGUUCUUGUACUUGUGAGAUUUCACAAAACAAGCGUUUUUGUUGUUAAAUUGUGGGAGGACGGGUUGUAAGGAACAAUGUAAUAAGGGAUAGCAAGAUGAUACAGGGAACUUUCUGUAGUGCAGAGCUAUUUUGGGGUUUUUGAGGUUUCUAUGGCAACUUUAAUGUUUCUUACACUUACAUAUGGGCUUUCAUUGUUGCUAGAAAUAGAUUUCUAUUUUGUAUAGUCGUUUAUAAAUUAAAAUCCCCAAAUAGUUGAUCAUUAUUAAAGUAACAAAUUUGAAUCUUGUGAAAACUCACAUGGGGAAAUGGGGAAAACUGGUCUGAGAGGAAGUAUGUCCUCCAAGCCCAAUAAAUCCCCCUCUUGUGAUCAUUUCAGCAAAUGGAGUAGUCUGUCAGAAGGAUGCUUUGUGGGAGUGAAGGCCCCUCUUAUUUGAACAACCUAAAAGUGAGCACUAGUUACUUGUUUCAUGGCUUUCAGAAUCCUUGCUGUGGUGCCUCAGCAAUGUCUAUUGGGGUGGGAGUUACUGAAUUGUCAUCUUAUGCUUGCUAUCUUUUGAAGAUGUUCUGUCAGCCUCUGCUAGUGCAAGAUGCUGCUGGACUAGAAAGCUAUAAUGAUUAUUGACUAUAUUUUAAAAUGUCAGUUUUUUCCUACUCACUGCAAUUCAACAUAUUGGCAGAUAAAGGCUCUAUCAGUUGUUUUAAAAUAUAUUUUCAUGUGACUAAUUGCACCCAGAUUGAGAAAAGCACAUGAAUAAACAUCCCAUUGAGAUAGUGCAGGUAAACAGAAUCUUGUUUAGAUGAUCAUCUUAUUUAUACCUGAGGUUUUUGAUACAACAGGUGAUACACAGGUAUGCUGGCUCAGGCAAUAUUAUUAUGAUUAUUAAUUAAAUUUAUAUACAGCCCUAUACCCACAGGUUUCACGGUUCACAAGAUAAAAUUACAAUAUAAAAACACAAAAUACAUAAACAAAAUAUAAACAUAAAUAGCUGAAUAACCCCAUAAAACAGUUAAAAACAAUUUUUUUAAAAAAAAUUACAAUUAAAAAGCAGUUUUAAAGAAUGUAGUGUUGUCUUGUACUUUGACUGUGAUAUGGCUAGGACCUUACUGCUUUUUGCUGCUUUUUGUAACUAUCUUGUUUUUGGAAUGUGCAUUAAUUUCCAUUAAUUUAUCCCAGUUGCUCAAAUUUGGCUGUGUUUGUAUACAUGUUUCAACCCUACUGAUGACUCUGCUGGUGUUUUUUGCAGCACCAUUAGUAGUUUAUUACAGGUAAACCAAUUGAAGGUACAUUAUAUAUCAUUUGUAGCAUGGAGAAUGAGUUCUUUGUUGCCAUGACAACAAAUUUCCCCCGGUUCUAUUUUAUCUGAUUCUAUUCCUUAAGAUCUGCUAUUUUCUUCUAAACACUUUUUUGUAUUGUUCUGUUCUCUUUCUUGACUCCAUUUAUCUAUGGAAUUUUAAAAUCAAGCCAACUUAUAAUAGCCAGGAGUUUCUCAAAACAGAUUCUCAGUUGGUUACUUUUGCCCUCCUCUCCACCCCUAUCCUCCAGUUAAUUAUUGUUGAUGCCCCAAAUGUAAGGAAGAUGUGAAGAUAACACAUUAAUAUAAUUAAUCUCCGCAAACGGGUGUGAAGGAAGUUUUCAAUAAUUACGUUGUUGUCUGAGCAGUGUGUCCGCUGUAGACAGGAUUCCACCUAAAAUAAAACAGUGGUAAAGACAGUAACAGUGGCCUAUUAGAUCUAAGCCCCAGGCUUUUCAAAACCCACUGUAAUACAUGCAAAUGAGUUUUCCACCGUUCCGUAAACUCACAUUUAUUUAUUUAUUUAAGAUACUGUACACCACUUUUCAGGCAGACAUCAUAAAGCGGUUUGCAUAAAACAUUAAAAUCAAAUCUAUGCAGUGAAAUAGCAAAGACAUGAUACAAGGGGAGAAAAAGAAUUGUGAAAACUAAAACUCCUGUCAGAGGAAAAUAGUUCCUGAAUCAGCCUUGUAGUGGCAGUUGGUUGGGAAAGGCCACUUGGAGAAUACCAGGAGCUAGAUAGCAGACAGCUUUCCAGGCUCUUCUCCACAUUGCUUCCCAACAUACAAAUGUGGUGUACUACUAUUAUCAAGGUACUGUCCAUUUUUAUAAAAGCCUAGUGGUUAGAGUGUUGGACUAAGACUAGGGGCAUGCAAGUUGAAGUCCUUACUUCAUUAUAAAGCUUCUAUGACUUUGAGAGUCACCAUCUGUCAGCCUAAAGUACCCCGCAACAUAAUUUAGAGGGUAAAAUGGACAGGGGGAAGAACCAUGUAUGCCACACCAGCUUCAUUGGACAAAUAAAUAAAUAACAAUGGUCUCAGAAUUCUGAAGAAUUUACACAUCGCAGUAUUCUCUCCCAAACACCUAUCUUUUCUCAUACAGGAUUACAGCUGGACAGACAUCCGGUGUCCCUUUGAAAAGCGGAGGGAUGCAGCUUGUGUUUUCUGGGACAACGUGGUUUAUAUUUUGGGCGGCUCCCAACUUUUUCCUAUAAAACGAAUGGACUGUUACAAUGUUGUGAAAGACAGCUGGUAUUCCAAGCUGGGGCCUCCAACACCUCGGGAUAGCCUUGCAGCUUGUGCAGCAGAGGGUAAAAUAUAUACAUCUGGUGGUUCUGAAGUAGGUAAGACACUCGAAGGGUCUGCUGGUGGGUCUGUAAAGUAGAAGUUGUGUGUGGCACCCAAUGUUGUCAUUGAAUUUUACUUUAGAAAAGAAAUGGCACUCACUGCCAAAACUCAGAAGCCAUCUUAUCCAAUGUGGGCCUUAAAACAUAGAGCAAAAAACCAAAAAAUCAGUGAACUGUAUCCAACUAAGUUCUACUCUGAAUACACUCUUUGAAAUUAAUGGACCUAAGUUAGUCAUGCCCCUGAAUUUCAAUAGGACUAGUCUUAGUAUGACUGGUAUUGGAUACAACAGUGUAUUUUUAGAAGGGAUAUUUGUCAUGUCAGCUUCAUUUAGCCACCUAAAUCUAGAAAUGAAAGUACUGUAUAUAUCUGACAUUUAUCUGUAACUUACAGCACAACUGGUACAGAUAGCAAGAGUUCAUGGUUUACCUCACCCCCAGGCUGCAACCCUAUGUCCACUUGUAUUUUUGUGGGACGGCUCAAAAAAUACUACAGUUGGGACAUCAUAGAUAGUGAGCAUUUGCAGGGGAUAAUGAACAUGUGUGGGAUAGAUUAAAUGCCCACUAGUUCUCCCCUGCAAAUUCAUUUCUCCAAGUUUAUGAGGGAAACUUGCUUCAUAACGUGCAUCUCUGGUACAGAUCUAUUGGACUGUUGCAGCAAGUGAAGCUCAGUCCACCUUUCCUAAUGAUUUUGCCAGUUUGCGCUCACUAUGGGGAGAGUGAGUGUCUACCUUCUGUGGUUCUAUCUUUGCUGCCAUGUUGAGAGGAUUGUGAGAGAAGGUCUCCAACCUUUUCGGUAUUUAUUCACGUUCAAAAAGGAAAACACCAGUGCUCUGUUAUGUGGCAUUUUUCUAUCUAAGAAAGCCAGAGCAGGUAGCAAAGAUUCAAGCAACAAAAAUAGAAUAGCCAAAACCUUAAAUACCCAACUGAACACAUUCAUAGAUUUAACAUCAGCUAAACAGUAAAGCAGGAGCUGCUUCAGUCUCUUCCAUUCCUUAAGUGCUUGCCUGAAAAAAACUGGCUUGGAGCCGAAAGGAUAAAACAGAGAAUGCCAAGUCAACAUCUCUGGAAAGGGUGUUGCAAAGUCUGAGCACCAGCACUGAGAGAGGAGUAUACUAGAUAUCCACCUGCUUAAUCUCUGAUACCAAGGCAUUCAGAGCAGGACUGCGAGUAGUGUUAUCAGCAAAUGGGCAGUUCCAUGUGGAUUAUGCUAUUGCUGCAAAGGAAGACUUUGUUUCCUGAAUUGUAUAUAUUUUGAAUGCAGAUGGCAUAGAAAAGAUUUUUUUAAAAAGGAUUAUCAGUAUCACAGGAAGGUUGCUUGUAUAUAGGAUCACGUACCUUGGGACUUCUGGGGAGGCGCCUCCGGCAAUGGCUGAAUUCCUCCGAUCAGGAGGAAUUUGCUCCGUGAAAAGUAGGGUCUGACUGCCACGGUGAAGGCGGAGACCCAUAGAAAUCACAGACGGGAGAAGCCUGUGAACCUGGGAUUCGGCUGGCACCAUUUGCGCCCCCCCCUACUCGCGGGGAAACCCUGUUUUGGGGAUCCAGAGCGACGUGGGGUGAACGGCGCGGUGCUUUGAAUCGACCGCUUCUUUCACGGAGUGAAGCCGCAUUGCUGUUGUCGGAGAGCGCUGACUUUUUCCUGUGGACAAUUGGAUUUUAAACGACUACCCGUGAGUAGAACGGAAAAUUGGAUUAUUAAAUUUCUUAAUUAGGAACCGAAAGCAGGAAGGUUCUAAACAGGAAGUCCGCCUCCCGUUUUGUAAAUAGAUUGAAGCAAAGACGUUACAAGCUAAAGUCUUUGAAAGCUUUUGAUAAAGGAUUAAAUUUCUACCGGACAAGAAUAUAUAACCCCUCUUGGAAGCAGGAGAAGAGAGGGGAAGUUUUGGAUUUAGUGUGCCUGCAGAAGAGAGUUAAAAUUAAAUUGCCACUGCUCUGAACCUGGAAAAGGGCUGCCAGAUGACGUUCGGGGAAUGUUUAUUGACAGAACGGAUUUGACAGCUAGCUAAAAUAAGAAAGGCACUGUCUCCAUUGUCCUUUUCUGCGUUUAAAAAUGGAGGAAAAAGUAACCGAAAAUUGAAACUAUUGUUACUUGCUUGAGUUGUGUUUGAAAGAAUUGAUACAAAUGGAGACUGUUUCCCUCUAGAGGGAGCAUGUGAAACUGUUACAGGAGUGCAUUAGGGAGAGCUCCAGCUGCAAGAUAAGAUUCUGAAAAAUAGAGUCUGACCUUGGAUCACUCAAAAUGUUGAUAGCAGAAGCCAUUGUGACUGUAUUAUACAAGAUAAAUCAUGCGCUGGAACAGCUUCAUAAAAAGACAGAUGACACGAUCUCUAAAAUUGACAACUUGGAACAGAAUGUGAUUAAUUUGAAUCAAAAAGUGAGUGCUAAUACAGAAACAACUCAGGAUUGGGUACAGGAACAUGUCUUGGUUGGACAAAUGGUGGAGGAAAAGGAGAAAGCUGAUGAUGUGAAAAUGGUGGAGAAAAAGGAGAAAGCUGAUGAUGAGAAAUUAAAAGUAGUACAAGCGGGAUCCUUAAUUUCUCAGAAGCAGAUUGAGGAUUAUAAAUUGAGGUCUUUCAUGAGUGAAUCUAGCAAAAGUCAAAUUUCGAGGCUAGGAUCCCGGCUUGGAUUGAAGAAGGAAAGUUGGAAAGAACCCUCUAUCCAGGGAUUGACUGACUUUUGGGACAUAGACUUGGGCUUGGAGGAGUUUGAAGUUUUGGGGGUCGCUAGAAUUGGAGGAAUCCUGAAAUACGUUCUGAAACACUUUAUGGACGUCACUUUUAACUUUGGAAAUUUGGCUGAACUGUCCAGAAGGAACAAACGUAUUGCUAGGCUGGAGUUUUCCCGAGACUUGCUCCUGAGCAUCAAAGAACAUGAAGAAGACCUGCAGAAGGGACUUGGAAGAGAUUUAAGAGCCUCGGAUAUUAGGGCACCAGGUUGAUGGAUUAUAUGGAACUGACGGAAAGGACUGGCAGAAUCCGAAGCCAGGGAGAGGAGAUAGUGGAAGAUUAAUGGAAAAUUUAAAGUGUUUAUUUAGAAACUUUGUCAAAGUAAUGACUGUCAGAAAAACGGUGGAAUGAUAUUUUAUGGAUUUAGCAGAAAUACUAUAAGAAGUUGGGUGUAUAUAAGUAAUCAACCGUUAAUGGGAAAUAAGGUUAAAGAAUAUGUUAUUCUUAAGAUGACAGAAAAUAGAGAAAGAUGGAAAGGAUUUGCUGAAACAAGUACUAGAAGCGGGAUACAAGAAGGGAGGUGUGAGGAAGUCGAGGAAACAAGGGAAUGAAGGAUAGAGUAUGGAAAAGGAGAGAUGCUUUUAAAUUGUUUUUGUCUUGCUUUGUUCAUGUGUUUAGUUUAAUGGGUUUAGGGUGGUUUUGUAUUGUUUAUACAUUGUAUUGCUUUUCUCUUUCUUUUUUUUCUUUUUUGUGUUUUUUCUCUUUUCUACUUUUUUGUAACUUUUAAAAGCAAUAAAUAUUUUUUAUUUUAUUUUUUAAAAAAGGAUCACGUACCUUGUUUUGGAAAACAUAACCUUAAAACCGUACAGCUUGAAGUGUCAUACAAAGCAUUCAACUGCUGCACUAGAAGACAAAUUACAACAGUGACCUUAUUGCAAUGUUGCAUGUAAUUCAUAGAAUCUCCAAAUAUUCUCUAAAUCGGUUUGCUUGUCUCUUUAUUUAAAGGAAAUUCUGCAUUAUAUUUGUUUGAAUGCUAUGAUACCAGAACAGAAAGUUGGCACACAAAGCCCAGUAUGCUGACUCAGCGAUGCAGUCAUGGGAUGGUAGAGGCAAAUGGUCUCAUAUACGUAUGUGGAGGAAGUUUAGGAAACAAUGUUUCUGGAAGAGUCUUGAAUUCCUGUGAAGUUUAUGAUCCAGCAACAGAAACGUAUGUAUUGAUUUCAAUAAAUUUUAUUGUGUGUUUAACCAUCUACAGGCCAAUUACACAAAUGCAACUUCUUCUGGAAUGCCCUUCCCUGACAGAUUUGUGAGGCUCUUUCGCUGCUUGCAUUAGGAGGGCAGUUAAAACUUUUAAAUCAGGUUUUAAAGCCUUUUAGAUAUUUCAGAUGCUGUGAAUUUUGUUUGUUGUUAAUAUUGUUCUACCGUUUAUUAUGUAAUGUAUUUUUAUAAGGAGCAAGAGCUUUUAAGCAACCAAAAUUAGCUUAGAUCUGUGCUCCAUUUUAACUGACAGUUCCUCUGGCAUGCUUUCGCAAUAGUGGAACUAAAUCAUAAGUUAACUAUAAAUUCCCUUCUCUGCAACUUUGGUAUUUACCAUACUUGAUGGAAAAAGAACUGCUCAUGGUAUGAAAUUGAGUGAACGUGUUUUUAAAAUUACAUGCUUUAAAUAUUUUCAGGUGGACAGAGUUGUGUCCGAUGCUUGAAGCCCGAAAAAAUCAUGGACUUGUGUUUGUGAAAGACAAAAUAUUUGCCGUUGGAGGACAGAAUGGCUUAGGUAAUUGAUAAUUUUUAUUAAAAUCUGCUGUGCCAGAGGUAAGAUGUACAAAUAAUUGUGCCAGCUACAGCUUCUCAAAAUGGGCCAGCUUUGGAUGGAUGUGAGUUUCAAGUCAACUGACUGGUGAAGAUUGUUGGACCACCAGCUUAGUGGCAGAAUGAGCUGUGUCCUUGCAUGUUUUUUAGGGUGGUUAGUGGAAGGAGUCUUGCAGUCAUGCCUCACUACAAGAGUGAAUAUGAGAUGUUUGCUGUUUGACCAGACUUGUCCAGACCUGCAGUUUUGCUGUUAAUGGUAUCACAUGUAGAGUAUUGUUUAAAAAUAAACACUUCUCUACCAGUACACUGUAAUUUUACAUACUCUCCCAUAUAUGAAAGUCAUCUACAAAGCAUAUAUCCAUCAUGACUGGGAUGACCUAUAAAGGUAAAGGUAAAGGGACCCCUGACCAUUAGGUCCAGUCGUGGCCGACAGUGGGGUUGCAGCGCUCAUCUCGCUUUAUUGGCCGAGGGAGCUGGCGUACAGCUUCCGGGUCAUGUAGCCAGCAUGACUAAGCCGCUUCUGGCGAACCAGAGCAGUGCACAGAAACGCCAUUUGCCUUCCCACCGGAGCGGUACCUAUUUAUCUACUUGCACUUUGACGUGCUUUCGAACUGCUAGGUUGGCAGGAGCAGGGACCGAGCAACGGGAGCUCACCCCAUCACGGGGAUUCGAACCGCCGACCUCUGAUCGGCAAGUCCUAGGCUCUGUGGUUUAACCCACAGUGCCACCCGUGUCCGUGGGAUUGUCCUAUACAUAGGGUUAAAUACCAUUUAUAUAGAAAAUUAAAAUAAUUUCUCCUUAAAGCAGUGGAAAUUGAGACUUUUAAGAGAACAAUGCUAUACCUACGCACCGCAGAGUAAGUGCCAUUGAAUUCAAUGGCAGUUACUUCUGAGUAGACAUUUAGAAGGCUUGCAUUGUAAAUUUUGAAUUAUUAUCACCCUGCGAUAACUUAGAUCUUGUUUUCAAACCUUGAAUUUUUGUUUCCUUUCCUCAGUUAUUAAGUCCCAGAUAAUUUUAGAUGCUAAAUUUUUCAAACCAUCCUUGCAGCUAUUGUUUUUACUUCACCAUACUAGAGGAAGUUCAAUUUGGGAGGGAUUCUGUAUCUCAAGUGAUCACUAUGUUGGAAGUUUGAGAAACCAUGGUUGAUACUUAUCCGUGUGUUUUCUCUUCUCUUUAAAGGUGGCUUAGACAAUGUGGAAUAUUAUGACAUUAAAGUGAAUGAGUGGAAGAUGGUCUCUCCCAUGCCAUGGAAAGGUGUGACUGUAAAAUGUGCUGCUGUGGGUUCCAUAGUUUAUGUCUUAGCAGGCUUUCAGGGUGUAGGUCGUUUGGGGCACAUCCUUGAAUAUAAUACUGAAACUGAUAAAUGGAUAGCCAACUCUAAAGUCCGUGCUUUCCCAGUGACCAGCUGUUUAAUCUGUGUAGUUGAUACUUGCGGAGCAAAUGAGGAGACACUAGAAACAUGAAGAUUUCACGAUUGCUACUUAUGAUGUUUCUGCAUUUCAAUUUCAUCUUGUCAAGAUGUCGGUACUACAGAAUUUUUUUGGAUGAAAUCCUUCACUUUAUCUCCACUAUGUGCAUAAGGUGGAUUUGCUUGUCAAAGUUUUAUUUUUUUGGAAGUAACUCAAGAAUCUACAACCCUAGAUUGAAGACACAUGAAGUUUCCUUAAGAUGCAUGUGUGCAGUUUUGCCACAAACUCUGCUGUCUAAGUAUAUUGUGAAAUAUUCCAACAAGAAAUUAUUAUUUUUUAGUAACCUGCAUUUUUCAGAGUUUGAAAUAAUUAAAAUUUUCGGGUAGCAAAAAUGAAUGAAACAAACCCUAUUAGUUGGAGUAACUUUGCUGAAACAUCUGUUCUACAAAGAGAUAUACUGCAUUAUUUCAAUGCAGGUCCCCCACAGGAUGGUAUCCAGUUACUGAGUGAAACAUAUUGUGCUUUCUAACUAUUUAUGCACCUUCUUCUGGUACUGAGCAGGCUCAGAUAACUAGGGGCAUAUCUUAUAUGAGCAUCCUUCACGCAACUGGAAUGGUGAUGGUGACUGGCAACAGGCAAUUACUCCCUCCUCUAUGUUCUUAAUGCCAUCUGUGCAAAGCCACAAACCUGUGGUAUGUUUCCACUAUGUCCUGUCCACCAUGUGCAUGGGAUAUGAUGCUUUUUCAUUAGUGCAUCUACUUCCUAAAAUAUUUACUGUGCAGAUGAGGGUACAUACUGCACCUCUCUACAGGAGUCCUACCUAGACAUACUAGAAGGCAGCUGUUCAUUUACAGGAGAAAGUAAACGUGUUGUUAGGAAUAGUUGGAGUGUAACUAAACUUGCCCAGGCAAUUUCCAUUCAUUGGUUUUGUCCCUAAUUGCAGUCUAAUAAGUGUAGGGUAGCCGAAGUAAAACCCAGGAAAUAAGUUUGUUUAGAAUGUCUGUUCCUUCCAAUUCCUUGUUCUCAUUGGGGUAGAUCAAAAUUUAUACCAUUUUUUACAUGCCUGAUUUAAUACGCAUCUGAAGUUCCAAAAACUGCAGUGUGUACUGUAAAAAGAUUGACAUAAGCUUACAUGUGAUAAAGUGAACGACUUAUGACUUAUGCAAAAACACGUUUGGGGUAUAGUAUGUGCUUUAGGUUGAGAACAUCCUAUAUUAUUUAAAGUACAUUUUUGUAUACUUUGUAAUACUGCCUUUAAUACUAUGUUAAAGUGAUACACAUACCUGCAGAGUGAUGCAAGUCUAAACUAUUUUUUCAUGCUGGGUCUUUAAAAAAAUUCUGAAGCACAUUUUUUAUAUUAUGUUUUAAAGUAUUUCCCUCCUCAAAUCUUUUGCCAAAAAUGGAAUAAUUUGAUCAAUAAGAAACUUAAAUCUAGCAGAUGCUAGUUUUAACUUUUUUGUUUUUAAAGGGGGUUCCCAUAUAGUGCACAUUUAACUUCCAUCAGUCCAAAUAUGGACCAUCCAGUAUGAAAACUCAUUUUCCUUAAUUCUAGAUAUAUCCCUGUUACGUAACUAGACAUUGUGUGACAAAACGGAUUCAUUGUCAGUUCUUAGUAAAUGGACUCGGUGCAACAAGUUUUAUUGGACUGUUUUUGUGUAUUAACAAAUAAUGUAUUGAUAAACCUUGCCUACUGAUUACUUUUGCUAAGUUGAAGCAAUUUUUUUGGAAACAUACCUCAGUGAGGCUUGUUGUCAGUAAACUUUGUUAAAUAAAUAUGUUUUUCUUAAGGUGGUCAUGAAGUGUUCAUUUAAUAGUCCAUGUUAACAUAUGUGAAGAGACUUUAUUUCCAUAACCUGGACUAAGAAAAGAUCUGUCAAAUUUAAUUUGGCUGGGAAGAGCCAGAAAGUUCCAGCCCUUUCCCAAUUGUAUUAUUCAUUCAAGGAAAAACUCGUUCUAA